AUGACAGAAUCAAUAAAAAGUUCGAAAGAAGAAUCACGAUCAUCUACAUCAUCUCCGAAACCGCACGGCAUUAACUCUAAUGAAAACAUUGAGAAUAGUUCAAGUUUAUCAUCUUCAAAUCAAAAUGAAACACUAGAGAAUGAGUCAAAACAUGAUGGGAAAUAUAGAGAGGCAGAUGCAGGAGAUGGAACACAAGCACAUGAACAACAUUUGACUGGAUUUCAAUUAUAUUUGACUAUAUUUUCUGGAAUGAUUUCAUUAUUUUUAGUUGCUUUAGAUCAAACAAUUGUUUCAACAAUCUUAACAAUAGUAGGUGAUAAAUUUAAUGCAUUUGAAAAAGUUGGUUGGUUAACUUCAGGAUUUUUAUUGUCCAUGGCAUGUUUAAUACCAUCUUAUGGGAAAAUUUCAAUAGCAUUUGGAAGAAAGCAAACACUACUAGUUGGGAUAGUAAUAUUCGAAGCUGGUUCACUAAUAGCCGCAUUAAGUAACUCAAUGGAUUUAUUAAUAGCAGCAAGAGUUAUUCAGGGAAUUGGUGGGGGUGCAGUACAAUCUACAGUUCUAAUUAUUUUCACUGAAGUUGUUCCAAUAAAUAAAAGAUCCCUCGUUUUUGCUUCACUUUCUUUAUGUUGGAUGGCUGCAAGUGCAUUGGGACCGAUUUUGGGUGGAGCAUUAAGUGCUUAUACAUGGAGAUUUUGUUUUUAUAUCAAUUUAAUAAUUGGUUGUGUUCCUUUUUUGAUUUUAGUAUUCUUUUUCAAACCACCGAAAGUUGCAGGAGAAUUUAAAGAUAAGAUUGGUAAAAUAGAUUUUGUUGGGACUUUUUUCUUAACGUCGGGCUUAAUUUUGGUCCUUUUGGGUCUAACCUUUGGAGGAGCUGAGUUUCCUUGGCGUUCUGCUGCGAUAAUUUGUCUUUUCGUUAUUGGUGGAUUAUUAUUGAUAUGUUUUGGUGUUUGGAAUUUCAAGUAUUCAAAGAAUCAAAUAAUAUAUACUGAAUUUGUUAAAUCCAAAUCUAUAAUGAUGGCAGUGAUCAGUGCAGCUUUUAAUUUUGGGUUUUUCAUUAGUAAUUUGACUUAUUUGGCUAUUUAUUUUCAAGUUAUCCAUCAUGCAAGUCCUUUGCAAUCAGGUAUUGAUUUACUACCAUUAGUCGUGACUGUUGCAAUUGCAUCUAUGGUAAAUUCAUUUUUCAUAAACUUGACAAGAAGAAUUCAAUGGACAAUGAUAUUGUCCGGAAUGUUAGCUCCACUUGGUACUGGUCUUUUUCUUUUAUUUGAUGAAAAUUCCGGAUUGGGCGUAAGGUUUGGAGUGUUGAUAGUGAUUGGUAUUUCAAUAGGUUUACAAUUUCAAAGUUCUUUAUUAAGUGCUCAAUUAGGUGCUCCGAAGGAUAAGCCUGGAGCAUUAAUUAUGGUUACUGUUUUUCUUAAUUUCAUGAGGAAUGUUGCUUCUACUAUCACUGUUACUAUAGCUCAAUUAUUAUAUCAACUAACAGGAACUGCAUAUAUCGAAGACUUACAACGAACUAUGACGAAUAAUUUUGAGGGAUAUUAUGAAUUAAAGAAUAUACCUGCAAGGACAUUGAUCUCUAAUCCAAAAACAGUGCAUGAACUACCACCAGAAGCAGAAUCUUUGGUUUUACAUCAACUAAUGAAGGCAUUGAAAAACGUGUUUUAUUUUGGAUUAGCAUUAGCUGUUGUUUCAUUUAUAGCAUCUUUAUUUACUACAUCUAAAAAAAUUCCAAAAGCAAAAGAUGUGAAACUGAAAGAUAAAAAAACAGACGAAGAACAAAACAAAGAGGAGCCAAAUGGAGAGAAAACCAGCAAAAGUAGUAGUGAGGAACUUUUUGAAAGCAAUGACGAAAGAGUGAGAGAUGAUCGAAAAGUUCCCCAACCGAUCAAAUGA